GCCAAGCCGGGAUCGACUCCGCGCUGGGCGGAAGAUCUAAGAUUAUAUCAUCUGUUGUUUAAGAAGAUUCAUAUUAAUUCGCAAAACCUAUUUCACCUAUGAAGACAGUCUCUUGACUUCGGUCACCAGUUUUUCCUUUGCCAUACUCUAUUAUUUCCGGGAGAGGGCAGCAUUUUCCUGUAUCAGCUAAUCCAAAAGUAAAUGAGGAACUUAGGAAAAGAUUGCCAACUUCAAAUCAACACAGUUACACAGAAUUGAAGAAGAAGCGUACAGCUUCAUUUGAGGGAUUCUUGUAAGGAACUCAGUGUUCCACGAUAUGAGCUCUGAAAUCUUCAAGCAAAAACUGGACUCAGUGCCAGAUCAAACAAGUUCAGAAGCACAAAUGGAGAACUGGUCAAAAGAAACACACAUCUUGGAACAUAAAAAAGAAGACGUUUGCCUUGGACUUCAAUUUUAUCAGAAUUCUCAAAAAACUCCAGAAUUUUUCAUUCAGACAGACCCUGAAGCACCAAAACCUUCAGAUUUGCCAGUAAAGAGUCAAAGAGGAGGAGUCGUAAAUGAUUAUAGUUCUGGUCCUGAAGAAUCAAGCACUGUAGAAAGAAAGGCUAACAGAAUGCUCCCUGAAUUUAUACCCUCAUGGAAGGAUUCUUCAGAUUUAGGUGGAAGAACAGAAACUGCAUUCCUUUUAAAAGAAUUGGACACGCUGAGGGCCAAAAAUAAAAAGCUUCAAGAUAAUCUGACUGAAAAAGACAAGGAGCUGAAGACAAUGAAACUGGACUUAGAACUGCAAGAGAAAGCUACAGAAGCUAAGAUUGCAGAAAAGAUUGCAGCUCUGGUGGAAGAAGUUUAUUCUGCUCAACGAGAACGUGACGAGGCUGUCAUGGCAAGGCUUAGGUUAGCCAAUGAAGAGAGAGAUGAAGCAUUUCUACGAGUCCAGCGUUUGGAAGAGUCUCUCAAAGAGCUAGAAAAUAUUAACCCUGAAGAAAAUGACAUGACAUUACAGGAAUUACUGAACAGAAUAAACAAUGCAGACACGGGGAUAGAUAUACUGAAGAAUGGAGCUAUAAUUCUGAACCGAAUACACAGGACCAAAGAACGUAAAAAGAAAAUAAUAGCUGAGGAAAUGAAUGCAGUAAUAGAACAACGGGAUGCUGCUUUGUCUCAAUGCAAACGGCUGGAGCAGGAGCUUCAUCAUCUGAAAGAGCAGAACCAGACUUCAGCAAACAACACGAGACAUCUGACUGCUGAAAACAAUCAAGAACGUGCUCUGAAGGCAGAAUUGAUAACCUUGCAACAAGAAAAAGAGGCUGCUCUUCAACAGUGCAAAAUACUAGAAGAAGAAAUCCAGACAUUGCGUGUUUAUUACAGCUUAUACAAGUCUUUGUCUGAAGGAAUGAGCCUGAAGAAUCAGCCUACCUGUGCUUUUAGUACUUCUGAAGCUGGACUGCAGAGAAGGGAGGAUGUUGUGACCCUAACUUAUAGCCAGAUUGAAGAUCUGGCAGCUCAGCUGCAGCAAACUCGGUCAGAGCAAAAGGAUACAGAGAUGAAGCUUCAGAAAGCUCUGGAAGCUUCGCGGGAGGCCAAUGAAAAAGUUCAAAAGUUGGAAAGGCUGGUGGACGUCCUGAGGAAGAAGGUUGGAGCAGGGACCAUUAGGACCGUGAUCUGAUUGAAAGCUGUAGUCUAAGGAAGCAUUCACAUCUGGUGACCAGGCUGCUUCAUUCAGCACUGUGUAAACACUAAAGCCUUAACUUAGCAAACAGUUGUUAGAAGUGGGACACUCCAGCGACAUUCCAAGCUGAGAUAAAAUCAAAUCAUAAAUGUUUAACUACUUUGCUGCUGAGUUUUGUGAUUUGUUGAAAUGUUUCAUUGCAAACAUGUAUUUGUUUUUAAGCAAAUGCAUUGUGGCACUAUGUAUUGUGAAAAAUUAUGUAGAUGCUUAUUUUAACAGUCUGUCCUCUCAGUAUAGUCUUCUGCAAGGCACAGCUUGAUCAAUUUUUUAAAUACUGCAGGCUUCAGGUUCAAAAUCCUACAAAGCAGUUUCAAAAUUUAAAUUCCUUCUUAUUUGUGAGACUGCAAACAGUCCAGUAUUUGUAUCUUAAAUAUAUUAAUUGAUAAAGUAGCUUGACACUAAAGAAAGAUCUCUAGCUACUAUACUGGAUAUUUUUUCCUCCUUACUCAUAGCCCAUUGAAUUGCAGCUAGUGACUUUGGCUACAUCAAAGGACAGGAUAAAUGUAUAGCUUUAUACAACAGUUGGAUAGCUUAUGCUAGUACAUGGCAUUUUCAGAGUACAUUAAAAGAAAUUUACAGUUAGGUUUCACUACAGGUGCAUCUCAAUAAAUUGCAACAUGAAAGCCUUGUGACAUUGUACAGUAUCUCAGAGACUUGAGGAAGUUUCCUAUAUUGUUUUCAGGCACUCCUUUGUCCUUUCCUAUAAGGAAAAGCUCUCAGAUAUUCAGAAAGCACCUUAUAGAUUCAAAAUUCUCCUUUUCAAUGUUCGUCUUUUCUCAGCCCUUUCCUACAAGACUUUUUGCCUGCUUCUUAUAGACCUCUGAUUGCUCUGCAGCGCAGGACUACCAUCCAGGUUGGGUUUCAGGCCAAAUUGCCAGCCCCCUGCUUUUGUUUACUCAUGAAGUGCUCUAGGAUUUAACUCAAAGGCUGAAAGAUAGAAUCUUACAGGGAGGGGGAAACCUGAGGGCUGAAGAGGAAAAUUUGGGGUAGACAGACAUUAUAGACCUUAUAUAUAGAUAUAUAUGUAUAGAUACAGGAGAGUUGGACCUAGAGUUAUGUUUGUGACUCAACCAUCUAUCUCCCUGUAUGAAUGUUCAGGUCAGCACUCAUAGGAACCUGCUCAAAAAGGCAACUGUAAUCUCUAAGCACCCCAAAUUAAGUAAUGAAUCUCAGGAGCCAGAUGGCUUUAAGGUACUCCCAGAGCCAGCCAGCUCAGGCAAGGUGGAUGUAGCUCCUAAGGUUUCCACUUGCCUUUCUUGCUUUGUGUUUAAUUUGCUACAUGGCCUUCUCUCUUAAUGCUUGCUUGUAAAGAUGUUUUAAUAGUGCAGUCUAGCUUGAGAAAAUGAAAUUUUAGUUUUAAGUAGAGAGAGAGAGAUUUUAAUGUCUGUUUUUUUCUUUCAAACAAUUACAUGUUAAACCUUCCUCAUCUGCAGACCUAAGCUCCCCCUAGUUUCAAGUGACCAGACCUAGCCCCUUGCAGGAAGAUAAGUAGCAUCCCUCUAAGCCAAAUUUACCCAAGUCAAUUCUAGAAACUUCUGAAGUUCUCCUUUUUGACCUUUGGUCAACCCUAAGAUAGCCAGUGAGUCUGGAGCCUCUCCCCACACCUAUUCAAUGGGAAGAAAGCUUAAUGUUUCCAGACCAGAGGACUGCCACCCCCAAGGUUCCAACUCCUUCACCAUCACCCUUGUGCUGCUGCUCAGCACUUUGGGUGAUUCAGCUGCUCCUUGUCCUGUCUUCAUUGAGCUUUAGUGCACUAAGUGAAUGGCAAGAUCUCCUGAGCUCUCAAUGCUGCUGAACCAUUUCUGCUCUAAGGAAAUAGUGAGGAAGGAAUAAAGAUAAAAAUGUAAGGACUACCAUAAUGUUCUAUACCAAAGCCUAAAGACUACCUUUGGCCAUAACAAAUAGAAGAUGCCCAGGAAAGGGUAUAAAGUCAGGCCAGCACUAGUGACCAUUCUCCCAGCUAGUCCCCCAGCAAUUUGUUAUGUAGAGGCUUUCUAAGCCAGAGAUGUUGUCUUUGUAUUUAGCAGCAUUUUUUCAUGACCAGUUUUUGAUUACAUUUAAAUUUUUAGUAUCUACUUGUUCCUGUCAUGAGGUGUUACGUAGUUAGUGAUGCAUUAAGUGAAAAAAUAUUUCCUUUUCUUUGUUAGAAUCAUCUCUAUUCAUUUGCUAUCACCUAGUUUUUGUAUGAGAGAAAUGGUGAGUAACCAUUCCUGUUCAUAUUAUUUCCAUAUCCCUUGUGAUUUUACAUAUUUGGCAUCAUUUCCCCCUUGUUUCUCUUUUCCAGAGAGAAACCUUAGUCUCUUAUAAAGGAGCCAUCUCAUGUUUUUAUUUGGCCUUAUCAUGCUCAUCUGUUUUUUCCAGCUCUGCAGUAUUUUUAGUGAGAUACAACCAGAUUUAUGCCUGGUAUUCAAGAUAUGGAAAAAAGUGACUUUGGUUGUUGCCAUAAUGAUGUUAUCUGUUUUAUUCUCUAUGCUAUUUGUAAUCAUUUUUAGCAUUAGAUUUGCUUUAUGACAGAUUUUUUAUUGGUAUUAAUAUUUCUGUAGUAAUAACAACAACUUUAGAUCUCAUACCUCAGUUGUACCGUUCAGCUCGGAGUUCAUCAUAAGUUGUAUGAAGACCGAACUGUUUUCUGAAUGCAUAAUUUCGCAUUUCUGGAUGCUGAAUGUCAUCUGUUGUUUUAGCAUACAUUCUCUGGUGACCAUGAGCUCCUCUUCCAUCUCUUCUCACAACUUCUCUUUAAUACUCACUGUAGCAUAGUAUCAUCAGUAUCUCCACAUGGUGAUAUGAAAUACUGCCAUCUCCAAAUUAAGCGCCUCUUCAAGGUGAUUUCUUAGUGAAUUUGAACAUGGAUUCUGGGACAAAUAUCCCUGUAACUUGAGUUUACUUCUCCUUCACUGUGAAAAUGAUACAUUUAUUCUUACAUAUUGUUUUAAUAUAAGUUUGAAUUACUUUUUUUCAUUUUGAAGAUCUUCCCUCUUACUCUUCACCAUCUUUGGAUGAGGAAGAUGUUUGCUUUGAAAAUGCAAGUUUACUAAAUCAGGGCUUGUUCUCCAUGCAUGAAUGUGCUGUUCUUCCUCACCUUCCCCAGGUAUUUCUGCCUCCAAGUGAAUAAUCUUGUGAGUGCAGACUUCAUACAACCAGAGUGUUUGACUCCCACCCAAUCUCUUGUUUGGAAAAGCAGGAUUAGCCAGGCAAAAGCCAUCUAGCAGGCAUGAUGCCAGAUAGAUCUGGUUGCAGGUAAUACUUGUUUCGGUAAAAUUAAGUGAUAGUUUUCCUUCAUAAUUUUCCUUUUGACACAUUGUACCUAAGGUGAAAAAGUAGUUCCUGACUCUGUCUUAUGUCUUGUACAAAGCCACCUGAAAUUAGGUGAGCAUUUUAGUUAGGGUGUUUUGUCAUGAAUGACAAAUGUAGAUAAAUGUAUUUGAAUCAUAAUUAAAACAGGUGUUGAUUUUUAAAAUUCA